AUGCCGCCAGCACGGAGACAAAAAUCAAAAGACUCAAAAGCGCAGGAAGAAAGGAUUCAAUCAGCAAUUACAGAUCUACAAGAUGGCAAACUCUCUUCCGCACGGCAGGCAGCUCUCAAAUACGACGUGCCCUCAACAACUUUACUCAACAGGAUGAAGGGGGUUAAAAGCCGGUCUCAAACAUGGGCAAAUUGUCAUAGAUUGAGCUUGGAAGAUGAGGAGUCGCUAUCCAGGUGGAUAAUAUCAGUAACUGAACAACAUGAAACUGCCCCCUCGCGGUCGCAGAUCGAAGAAAAGGCCAAUGCCAUUCUCGCCAGCCGCAGCACCACACCAAAUGUGACCGUUGGUGAAAAAUGGGUAUACAACUACCUUCAAAGACACGAAGAAUUGAGACCAAUUUAUCCCCGACGAAUAUAUUCUCGCCGGAUCUAUACCGCAGUUGUCGGGAGUGCUAGUGCAGAAACUGGAUCACCCUCGAUCAAUCCCAAUCGCGAAACAGGCCAGCCUGCUAAUCAACGCAUCACCCUUCCGCCACCUAUCAGCGCCCGACUGAUCUGGAUGUUGAAACAUCUGACAGCUUCAAUCGAUUGGAAAAGCUGCUUUCUACGUUUAAAGAACUAG